AUGUCGUCUAGAAAGACCAUCGCCGUCAUCGGCGGCACCGGCCGGGUGGGAAAAUCAGUCGCAUUGUCGCUCCUUCAAGAUGCCAACUUUCACGUUAGAGUCACAACAAGGGAUCCGACGAGCGAAAAGUCCAAGCAGCUCAAACUACUUGGUGCCGAGGUUAUCAAGGCAGAUUCUUGGAAUGCCACCGAGCUCGAUCACGCUUUGAAAGGUGCCUGGGGUGUUUUCUUGAACACGAACGGCGAUGCUCCCGAGUUUGCUGGAGAUAGCCAUCGGGUCGAGACGCAGAUGGGCAAGAAUGUCGUGGACGCCGCCCAGAGACAAGGUGUUCAGAUAUUCAUAUAUGCUGGCUUACCAGAGGUCGCAAAGAUUACAAACGGGACUGUAAACAUCCAGACGAAUUAUCACAAGAAUAACAUUUCCGACUACGCCAAGCAGGCUGGGUUCCGCACCACUGUCAACGUCAAUGUGGGAUGGAUGAUGGAAAACUUUUGGAACCCUGCCUACGAAAAGGCGUUUGGUGGGUUUGCCCGCCUGGAGGAUUCGGAGGGUAGCCUGACCAUUCACCUGUUCCCCAUGGGAAACACACCCGAGUCAACACCGUUCACCUCUGUGCGCGAUGACUAUGGUGACAUUGUCCACGGCGUCUUUGUCGACCCGGAGCCCUGGGACAAGCAGACGGUGUGGGCAGUCUCACAGCCUCUGAGUUUUCAAGGCUUUGCAGAUGCCUACAACCGUGUGGCUGGGACGACAAAGGCGCGCUAUUUGGAGCGGACCACGCCAAGUGAGGCAUCGACCCCCGAGAAGACCGCCGAGGUGAAUGCCAUCCGAACCUACGCCGAAUUCGUCAAGGGAAAUUACUGCAACGGCAAGCCUGUCGAUCAAGCCCCUGCCAGGGAGCUUAAGAAGGCUGGUGCUGCAGCGAGGAACUCCCCCCAGGAGCAGCAGAACUUGCAAACGGUUGAAGGUUUCAUCAGGCAACACGGACUGAAGGGCGAGGACAUGUAA